UAAAUAUUUGGUUAAAUACAAUUCGUUACUAAACGACACUUAAGUGUUGGUUGUUAGACCUUGUUUACAACAUUUAAACGAUAGUUGUGAAAUUGGCGCUUAACUUAUAAUGAUCGAAUGGUGUGGCAAGGUUAUUUGAAGUAUAAAAAUUUGAUAAAUGUGUGUAACAAACACGACGUCUUUCGGUUAUAAUUUGUAUUGAACUUUUGUGGUUUGGCUACACUGUGUAUACGUCCUGAAAGUUAUAAUCUUUACUUUUAUAUGGUGAUAAUAUUUAAUGUGGUUUGUUGAACAAGCAUAUUAGACGUUUUUUCAAAAAAUGUGCCAAAUUCUAGACAAUUUUCUCAGAAACCUUCAAGACGUAGAAAUUCAAGCGGAUUCACUGCGAGUGCAUUUAUUGCAAGUUGAGCGAGAGCUGGCACAGGUGGAGGGGGAGAGGAGCCGGUGCGAGGAGGAGGGGGCAGCUCUGGCCGGUUCCCGGGAGCUCCGGCUGGCCGAGGCGAGCCACAAGGAGGUGCAGUUGGAACUGCUUCAGCACAAGGAAGCAGCCUUGAAUAGGCUCCUGGCUCGCGAGCGAGAACAUCUCCGCACCGAGAACAGCCAAGCGAAACAACUUCAAGAGAAAGUAUUUUCUGCGCGAACUGAAUUCUGUGAUCAAGUCUGGCAAUUUUCCGAGUAUAUUACCAACCAGGCAAAUAAGGAUGAUCUUGCUAUAAAAAGUGAUGAGAAAAAGGUAAAUGAAGAAAUAACCCAGCUUGAGAGCAAGAAGUCUGCCUUAGAAGCUGAGCUAAGUGGACUGAACACAAGGCUUGAUGCUGUUUCCAAACAGGUAGACAAAGCUAACAUAGAGAUGGAAGAACUGGAAUCCUUCAUCAUGGCAAAAGAGUUCUUGGAGUUGGAAAAAAAUUUGCAUUCAAUUUUAGAAGAAAACAAAAUUCUAGAAAAAGUUUUCAAUACAUUGAUUACAGAAGUUGAUAACACCAACAAAGUCAAAACUGGGAAUAAGCGGCUUAAAUUGAUAGAAAAUGCAAAAAUGUGUACAGAUGAAGGUGUUAUAUCAUCACGAAAAAAAGUGUAUUCCUAUACAUUUGAAACAGUUGAGGAGUUAGCUAGUUGUAUAAAACACAGCAAUCCCUCAUUACAACAUCCAAGUACUUCGGAUGAUCAAUUAAGGGAAAAAUCCAACAAAUCACAUAAUUUAUCACAGAAAAUUAUUAGAGAUGACCGCACUUUUCAAAAAGAUAUUGAACAUUUCCAGAAUGAGGAUAAGCUUAUACUGAAUGACUCUACAGUGGACAGAACUAUUAAUUUUUUAGAUGGUGGAAGAGAGAUUGACAGAUAUUGUAGAUAUCCUGGCCUUUUACCCAAGAAAAUAUCUUUCAGCGAUAUAGAGCAGGAGGGUCUGUGGACAUCAGUUUCCAGGAACUUCGGAGCAGCCGAUGUAAACAGUCACAGUGUGCUCAACCGAGACAAUGCCUUUAAGGUGCAUGAAAAACCAUUUAUACCAGUGACUGCUACAAACCAGUACCAACAGCAUCACAAUUUGAAUUUAUGUUCAGUCAAUAAUCACUCUCAGGAAGCAAACUAUUUACAUUCUGAAUGUUUAACUGAGCAUCACAGAUCACGUCAGAUGAAGUACCCAGUCAGUUUGAAAGGAAGUGACACGUGGGAGUCCUCAGAUGAGUGCUACGCUGCUGACGAGGACAACAGAGGGUACCAGCCACAGAAUGGCGUCGAAGCAGGCAGGACGUGCCGUGGUGAUGGUGACCACUGCUGGGCCGCCGGGAGGCUGCCACGCCCUGGUGUGCGCAGACCAGAGGCACGGCCACCGUGCGUCACGAGCGACCGGCAGUGGGAUCCUCGCUGCGCCGGUCGUGCACGUUUCAGCCGUCACGAGCAACCUGCCCCGUGCCGGCCGUGGCGUGUUGGCAGCGACGACGUCUCCGGCGCAGUGACGGUUGGCAUGGACUGUCGUGAAGCUGACGCCACGCGCUGGUCAAAUGAAAUCAAUAAGGAAAAUAAUAUGCCAGGUUAUAUUGGUACGUGGAGGCCAAAAGUACGUGUUGCAAACAAAUUACCAGUUUUUGGAAAUGCAAACUCCAAUGACAUGUGAUGCCUGACAGCAUGUCGGGAGCAGAGAAGUCCUACAGUCGCUAGAGGUUGAAUCAGAAACACAGAUUUGAAGCCAACUGUACUGAACAGUCUAGAGAGUAGCUCUUCUUGAUAAUUAAGAAUUAUUGUUAGUUUAGCCCUAAUGUAUCUCCAACAUACAGUUUUUUUUUGUUGGAAUGUUAUCUAUACAGUAGUUUUGUACAUCAUGUUGUCCUUAGGUUUAAUUAAAAAGACUUAUCUUUAAUUAUAUUGAAAAUAUGUAAAGAUUUAUUUAUUGUGUAUAACUACAGCAGAAAAGGCUGUUGUUAAAAUGAACUGUGUGUCAGAUAAAACCAACUUGAUUUAAAAUAACAGUAUACAAAGGAAGACUAACAUGUGAAUUUACAGUUUUAUACCAAAAUAACUUCAAACUAAAAAUAGUGGCGGCAGCCAAACUCCUCUUGCAUAUCUGUCUGAUUCUGUGUAUGCAGUUAUAAAAUGUUUAGUGCAUUUACCAUGUGUGGGCUAUUGCAACCCAGUGAUACAGGAGGUGUCAGCUUUUAUAAGUGACCGUUAUCCUAAAAUAACUUUAAGGAGUUUAAUACAGUUUUUUAAUUGUGUGUGUUUAUGUAAUCUGAUAGAAACUAGAAGUAGCUGAUAUUGUUUUAUUUACACAUGUUAUAACCUAGAUAAAUCAUAUUCUCAAUUUUUUCAUAAAUAAAGGUUUAUUUUUUAAA